AUGGCGUCCAGCUCGCCAUUGCCGCAGUUCAAGGAGGCCAAGGCAACCGCCACCACCAUGAUGUGGCAGGUCUACCAUCAACGGCCGCGCACUCCGAGGUCGAAAGCCAUCGCAUACUCCGUUCUAGCAUUCCUUUUCUUUCUGUUCAUGCUCAUUUCGUUGUCCGGACAACCCGAGCCUGAUUUUUGGACCAAAUUCCCAUCGCAACACCCAUUUCCCGAAAGCCCCGAGCACGCGCAGGUCGCACUUCCUCGACGAACCGAUGUCGCCGCCAACGAUACUCUCCCUCACGGUUUGGAGAAGCCCAACCCGAAUCUCCAUGUCUUGGUGCCCAUGCAGCAGGGCUCACGCGGUGCGUGUCGAACGCUGGCAUCGGCCAUGAUCUUGGGAUACCCUCCUCCAACCCUGGUCGGAUACGGAAAGAAUACCCCUGGUGCGACUGAGUUUGAGCGCACCGUGGAUCGGAUCGCUCGUCUGCGCGAUUACCUGAAACCGAGCCAUAUUAUGAAGGAUCACGAUUUAGUGCUAGUUGUUGACGCCGAGGACGUUUUCUUCCAGCUCCCACCCGAGAUUCUCGUCACGCGCUUCCAAGAGAUUCUGCGAACGAACAACAAGAAGUUAUUGCAAAAGCACGGGUUCGCAAAGGUGGAGAAAACAACUGCUGGUGCUCCCCCGGAUCUAGUGCCAAAAUACUCGCAGCGCGUGCUGUUUGGUGCUAGUAAACUGUGCUACAGUGCCUUGGAGGCCGACCCUGGCUGUGUUUCUGUCCCGGAGUCAUCAUUGCCCCCGGACGUUUAUGGCUGGAAGACGGACAUCUACCCUGACGGACACUUGAAUCGGCCUCGAUGGUUGAAUCCAGGGGCGGUGAUAGGUCAAGCUGCAGACCUACGACUUAUUUAUACCGAGGCUCUACGGAUCAUCGAGCAGCGUCACCAGAAGGAUGCCGACUACCAGGCUCUGACGCAGAUGUAUGGGCGGCAGGAGGUCAUUCGCGAGCUGGAGCGACGUCGCACCACCAACGGAUUGAAGGAAUGGGCCCAAGGAAUGUUGGGCAUCAACGAAGCCUCAAAUAUCACAGGAAUUCAUGUCCGUCUUGAGACAGGACACCGUUAUGAGUACGGCAUUGGAGUCGAUUUCGAAUCGCAGAUGUUCUUCACUCAGAUGAUGUCUCGAAAUGAUGUUGAGUGGGUCAAGUACAACAACAUCACCAAAACCUCCUUACUCCAAGGACAAUUUGCUGUUCCCCGUGAACAUCGUCUCCUUCUCCCGGAUGACAUUGCCGCACUUCCAAACCCGUACAACCAGAGUCGAUUUGCCAAAUCUCAGACUACACAUCCCGAGUGGAAUGCCACGCUGGACAAGCUACCGAACCCGGAGGAGCAUUCCUGGCACAAUUCGCCCCUAAUGACAAACCCCCACUCUGCUUCUGUGCCUGUUCUCUCUCAUCUCAAUGGUGACCAGAAGCUCCGCAACGCGUGGUGGGAGAAGAUGUGGUUCUUCCCCUGGGGUCGUGCCCUUCUCCGCCGUUACGUUCGUUCUUCGCGCGGGUUCGACGCCGCACAGUCCUCUCUUCUGGGCGGCCAAGAGUGGUGGAAUAUGCGUGGUGGACGAGGCGGACUCUGGACAGACGAACAGAACUGGGUCACAUUUUCGGAUGUCUGCGAGGGCCAGGAGCGAGAUCUCUUCGAUGAUGAUCUGGGCCCCUGGGCUAAGGAGAACGGUGAUCCCGAUGAGCCGGUUUACAACAGAUUUGGCAAUCUCAUGUACGGCAAAGAAUCUCCUAAAGAAGAGGGGUCUUAA